UUUCAAGUCUACUGCUGCAUCUUUACGUUGUAAUUUGAAUAACUUCAGGAUGUUUUUCUUCCUUCCUGGCCCUGUCAGAAGAAGGCAUAGUUGGGAUUGUUAUAGAAAGUGACUGAAACUUCCCCACAUGUUUCUGGUUUGGCUGAGGCCUGUGCUGGAAUCCAAACAGCACUAUUUUGUUUGGUUUGGGGUUUUUUUACUAGUGGGCUCCUUGCAGUAAUAUAUAGUAAACAUGGAGUAUAGACACGUGCCUGAAAUGCACCAGUGACUCAUUUUUAUAGCCUGCAGCAAUGGAUCAUGUAAGACUCAAUCCUGUAGGAGGUAAUUUUUUUGAAAAUUACUGUAGCUUAGCCUGAGACGUUUGUGAUUAGCUGCACCAAUUUGAAAUGGCCAAUUUGGAUGAUGACAGAGCCUCCUCUGCGCAUGCUUUUUUAAAAUUUGGUUCAAUUUAUGAGCCACUUAAAUGUAUUAAUCUUCCAAAGCCAGAGGGGGAAACUCUGUGGGAUAAAUUAAAUAAUUACUAUAGAAUUGUUAAAUCAACAUUGCUGCUCCAUCAAAGCCCAACCACAGGUCUGUUCCCUACCAAGACUUUUGGGAAUGACCAAAAGGCAAAAGUCCAUGACAGCCUUUACUGUGCUGCCUGUGCCUGGGCAUUGGCCCUUGCUUACAGGCGCAUUGAUGAUGACAAGGGAAGGACCCAUGAGCUGGAGCAUUCUGCCAUAAAGUGCAUGAGAGGAAUUCUCUACUGCUACAUGCGCCAGGCCGAUAAGGUUCAGAAGUUCAAACAAGACCCCAAACCAUCUGCAUGUUUGCAUUCUGUGUUCGAUGCACACACUGGAGAUGAGGUCUUCACCCAUGAGGAGUAUGGUCACCUUCAGAUCAAUGCUCUGUCAUUAUUUCUCCUCUAUUUGGUUGAGAUGAUCUCUUCGGGGCUGCAGAUUAUCUACAACACAGAUGAGGUGUCCUUUAUCCAGAAUCUUGUGUUUUGUGUGGAGAGAGCCUAUCGUGUACCAGAUUUUGGUGUCUGGGAAAGAGGCAGCAAAUACAACAAUGGUAGUCCAGAGCUGCACUCAAGCUCCGUGGGACUGGCAAAAGCAGCUUUAGAAGCAAUUAAUGGUUUCAAUCUCUUUGGAAAUCAGGGCUGCUCUUGGUCUGUUAUAUUUGUGGAUUUUGAUGCCCAUAACAGGAACAGACAGACCCUGUGCUCGUUGCUGCCCCGGGAGUCAAGGUCUCAUAAUACUGAUGCAGCUCUUCUGCCCUGCCUUAGUUAUCCUGGAUUUGCUUUGGAUGAUGAGGUUCUGUUUGGUCAAACACUAGAUAAAAUUAUUAGGAAGUUGAAAGGCAAAUAUGGGUUCAAGAGGUUUCUGAGGGACGGCUACAGGACGGCGCUGGAGGACAGGACACGGCGUUAUUAUAAACCUGCAGAAAUCAAGCUUUUUGAUGGCAUUGAAUGUGAAUUCCCCCUUUUUUUUAUUUUCAUGAUAAUUGAUGGUGUAUUUAGAGGAAAUCCUACACAAGUAAAGGAAUAUCAGGAUCUUCUGGAGCCUUUACUUCAACAUACACCUGAAGGGUGCCCUGUUGUCCCCAAGUAUUACUACGUGCCUGCUGACUUUGUGGAGCUGGAGAAGAGGAGCCCAGGCAGCCAGAGGCGGUUCCCCAGUAACAACGGGAGGGAUGGGAAGCUGUUCCUGUGGGGCCAGGCCAUGUACAUCAUUGCCAAACUGCUGGCUGAUAAAUUAGUGAGUCCUAAAGACCUUGACCCCAUCGGCCGGUACGUCCCCCCCCAGGACCAGCGGAACGUCAGCAUGAGGUUUUCAAAUCAGGGUCCUUUAGAAAAUGAUUUGGUGGUACACGUGGCCCUGAUAGCAGAAAGCCAGCGCCUACAAGUUUUUCUGAACACAUAUGGAAUCCAAACUCAAACUCCCCAGCAGGUGGAACCAAUUCAGAUAUGGGCUCAGAAAGAGCUUGUCAAAGCUUACUUCCAUUUGGGAGUGAAUGAGAAAUUGGGAUUAUCUGGAAGACCGGACAGACCCAUAGGAUGCCUUGGAACAUCAAAGAUUUAUCGAAUACUAGGCAAGACUGUAGUUUGCUACUCGAUCAUUUUUGAUCUCAGUGAUUUCUACAUGUCUCAGGAUGUUAUGAUGUUGAUUGAUGACAUUAAGAAUGCCCUGCAGUUCAUUAAGCAGUACUGGAAGAUGCACGGCCGGCCCCUGUUCGUGGUGCUGAUCCGGGAAGACAACAUCAGAGGGAGCAGAUUCAGUCCCAUAUUAGAUAUGCUGGCAGCCUUUAGAAAGGGAAUUGUUGGAGGAGUGAAGGUUCAUGUUGACAGAGUACAGACAUUAAUAUCUGGAGCAGUUGUUGAACAACUUGACUUCCUAAGCAUCACUGAAACAGAAGAGGCUCCUGUAUUUAAGAGUUUGGAGGAGCUGGAUCUUCCAAAACAUUCAAAAGUCAAGAGACAAUCUAGUACUCCCAAUGCUUCUGAACUUGAGCAGCAACCAGAUGUAAAUAUUAAUGACUGGAAAAACAAGUCAACAUAUGAGAUCCUGCAGAAACUUAAUGACUGCAAUUGCCUGGCAAGUCAAGUGCUGCUCUCAAGUAUAUUGCUUAAAAGGGAAGGGCCGAAUUUUAUCACCAAGGAAGGUACUGUUGGUGAGCAUAUUGAAAGAAUCUACAGACGAGCUGGCAGCAGAAAGCUCUGGUCUGUUGUGCGCUUCGCAGCAAGUCUUUUAGGUAAACUAGUGGACAGCCUUGCACCAUCUAUUACUAAUGUUUUAGUUCAGGGCAAGCAGGUGACACUGGGAGCUUUUGGCCAAGAGGAAGCAGUUAUUUCUAACCCCUUAUCACCAGCAGUGAUUAAGGACAUGAUCUAUGAAAAAUGCCAAUUGCAAGAUGAAAGAGAAGCUGUGGUGCAGCAGGAGCUUGUGAUCCACAUUGGCUGGAUCAUCUCCAACUCCCCAGAACUGUUCAGUGGAAUGCUCAAGAUACGGAUUGGAUGGAUUAUCCAUGCUAUGAAGUAUGAGCUGCAAAUCCGUGCUGGGGACAUGCCAGCCAAGGACUUGUACCAGAUGUCCCCCAGUGAGGUGAAGCAGCUCCUGCUGGAUAUUCUGCAGCCUCAGCAGCCGGGCAGGAGCUGGCUGAACAGGAGGCAGCUGGAUGGCUCCCUGAACAGAACCCCUGCAGGCUUCUACGACCGUGUGUGGCAGAUCCUGGAGAGAACCCCCAAUGGCUUGAUCGUGGCAGGGAGAUUCUUGCCCCAGCAACCAACCCUAUCGGAUAUGACGAUGUAUGAAAUGAAUUUUUCCCUCCUAGUUGAAGACAUGCUGCAAAACAUUGACCAGCCACAGUACAGGCAGAUCAUCGUGGAGUUGCUGAUGGUUAUAUCUGUUAUUUUGGAGAGAAAUCCUGAGUUAGAGUUCCAGGACAAAGUGGACUUGGACAAAGUGGUGCAAGAAGCAUUUCAUGACUUUCAGAAAGAUCACAGCAGUGCAAAGGGAGCUGAAAAUCAAAGUGACAUGACUGCAUUCUACAACACCCACCCACUUGGAAAAAAGGGAACCUGCAGCUACUUGAGCAAGGCUGUGAUCACUUUGCUGCUGGAAGGGGAAAUGAAAUCAAGCAACGAUGAUCCUUGCACCAUUAGCUAAAGCUUGGCACACAGCACGGGAAUUGUUGCUUUCCUUAGUGUUCUAUGUAUUUUUCAAGCCUAUUUUAAGGGACUGGUUUGAAGGGUAACCCUGCCUAGUGACACAAAUGCAUUCUAUCCUUUGCUGAAAGAAGUGCCAUUAAAGAUACCAAGUGCCACCAGAUUUUUUCCUUUCUCAACUAUGCAGCAUGAAACUGAGCACAUGAAGUUAGUCCUAUGGUAUUUGAUUAAGUUGAAUGGGAAUGUAUUUAUGAACUUAAAAUAUGCAUUUACUGUAGCUGGUAAAUUCAAGGGAAUGGCAGAUUUUGUCUUUAUAACUCUAUUUAUUUAUAAUUGCAGACAAGUAGAAGAUAAAUUAAUAUGCAUCCCAAUCAGUGUGGAAAUACAAAAAUGGAAUUAUUUUCUUAUUAUUCUACAAACAAAUUGGAGGUGAAGUAUUUGUUAUUCUCUUAAGGUUUUCUUUAUCAGUUCAAGUGACAGCAUUCAUUUAAUGUGUUGGGUUUUUUUAAUUUACAGGUUGGUAACUUGAUAUACAGGUUUCAUCCUAGUAGAGCAACUUUUUAUCUCUAGUAAUUCACAUCACUGUAUUUUCCCAGUUGUUAUUUAAACAUCUGUACGUUAACAAGGGAAAUGUAACACAAUAAAAACUGGUUUUUAAAAAAAGGCAAACAAGCUGUAUUUAAAUUAAAAUCAAUGAAGAAAUAACUUUGUAUUACAUAUGUUAUCAUGGUACUAAAGAAUUUGAGAUACUUAUUUAUCUCCUAAAUGUGUGAAAACACUGUAUGCUAUAUGCUUUAUUUUGGUGACAAUAAUAAAAAGCAA